CGGGAGUUGAGUUGGGCAACGGACUGUCGAGUGUCGAUUCGAUUAAGAUUUGUCAGUCACGCUAUUUAAACAAUAAAGCGUAGGCGCAUUUAUAGAAUCCGUUAUCAUUUAAUUGAGUUUAUUUCAUAAAUAAAUUAAAUAUAUCUAUAGUAUUUAAAAUCACGAAUAGUGUGUGCUUAAAGAUGAACAUAUUUUUAUUUAUAAUUAGAUGGCCAGGAGUUAUGUAAAAAGAAUCAGUGUUUGGAGUGUAUUUAAUUUGAGAUGUGGACCUUUUUGAAGACAUAGGUAACAUACAUGAAUCUAAGCUUUAAGGUAAUGCGAGGAGAGAUACUCAGGUUAUGUUUGCUGAUCGCUAUCCUGACGCUCGCUCCCGUCUUGGGCGGCGGCGCCUGCGAGCGCGGGAAAACCUGGUGGGAUCGAGAAAAUGGCGACUGUAAACCCUGCACCCGCUGUGACCCACGCCGCCUCGCCGUCAAGUUCCCCUGUGAGAUACAUAGGGACACCAUCUGCCAACCGCUUUACGAGGUCCGCAUCUGGCCCUUUAACACACCACGAAAAGACAAUGACUCAAACGCGAGUGAAUUAUCUAGUGAUUACGAAUAUUACGAAUACUCGGACUACAGCGGUGAAGUGACUGAGAGUAGUGCUCGUGAAAGUGGUUGGGACAUACAAACGUCUACAUUGACUUUAGCAGUUAGUGGCUGUAUUGUUUUUUUCGUAGUGGUGCUUACCCUAUCCGUCUACCAUGCGAGACAGUGGCGGGCAUUGAAACAAGCGCUUACGUCAGCAGAUGUGCACGAUAUAUCAGCUAAGCUGAAACUGAUGGAAGCUGGUGGUGAAGCUCCAGCCGAGCCGUUGGUGGCCACCGACCAUCACAUAUACUGCAACAUUCACGCCGGCAAAGAUGCUUUGCUAGGAUCACCGACUGUUAAAAAAGGCUUUGGCAACGUGUACACUCAAGAAAAACACUCCCCAUAAUUACCACCGACUAUAUGCAAGUCAUGCAAGUACAAAUAUAAUAUGGAAACCUCGCACAUCACAUUGAAUGAAGUAAUAUAUUUAGUUCGAAAUAAACGACGUACAUAACUUUA